CAAAAAAACAAACAAAGAUUCAUUAAAUCAAAAGUAUAGCUUUCACAACAGCAAAAUAUUUAACACUUUGGAGAUCUGGAAAGGAUUCUCAAUCUCUCUCUCUAUAUAUAUUCUCCGGUAAGUUCUAGAGAGAGAAAGGUGAAGUGUGAAAAUGGCGAGCGGUGGAGGCUACGGCGAUACGAGCCAGAAGAUAGAUUACGUGUUCAAGGUUGUGUUGAUCGGAGAUUCGGCGGUGGGGAAGUCACAGAUUCUGGCUCGGUUUGCUAGGAAUGAGUUCAGCUUGGACUCGAAAGCCACCAUCGGCGUUGAGUUCCAGACUAGGACUCUCGUCAUCGAACACAAGAGUGUUAAGGCUCAGAUCUGGGAUACUGCAGGCCAGGAACGAUACAGAGCGGUGACGAGUGCAUACUAUAGGGGAGCUGUUGGGGCAAUGCUUGUUUAUGAUAUAACCAAACGCCAGACCUUCGAUCACAUACCACGUUGGCUGGAAGAGCUACGUAACCAUGCUGACAAGAACAUAGUCAUCAUUCUGAUCGGAAACAAAACUGAUCUAGAGAACCAGCGUGCAGUCCCCACUGAAGACGCCAAAGAAUUUGCCCAGAAAGAAGGGCUUUUCUUUUUGGAGACUUCAGCACUGGAAUCAACUAAUGUCGAGAACGCCUUCUUGACCGUGCUCACAGAGAUUUUCAACAUUGUGAACAAGAAGAACCUUGCGGCUGAUGAAAACCAAGGAAAUGGUAACCCUGCAUCCCUUACUGGCAAGAAGAUCAUCGUGCCGGGCCCUGCACAAGUUAUCCCUGAAAAGAACAAGAUGUGUUGUACAUCAUCGUGAUCUAAUCUUUUGCACAAAGUGGUCUCAAAUACAAGAUUCUUGUUUUCAAAAUCUCUAAAAUAGCAAUUUUUUGAUGGGUGGUGUUUUUUCAUUUGUAUAUUUUUACAUUGUUUUAGCCUUUAGUUUGCAUGGGCGGCCGAACUACUUGCUCGUUAUGAUAAGGAAAGAAAGAACUAAGUUGAAGUUGA